GCAACUCCUCACCUCUCUGGGAAAUUGAAACCGCCUUUCUUCUCGGCAGUUACCGGCUGUUUCCUUGGAAGUCCACGGCUGCUGAUUUUUUCACGUGUUUUCAAUACUGUGAUCCACCCACCCUCCCCGAACUAGAUGUUUUGAUUUCUGGAAUCACUCUCUCAGAAGCCACUUCAUUCCUGAAGGACACUAACCAUUGCUUUGGAAACCAAGAAGCCCCUGCAGUCAUGAGCUCUGAUGCAGAGAUGGCCAUUUUUGGAGAAGCAGCUCCCUACCUGUGGAAAUCAGAGAAGGAGAGAAUCGAGGCUCAAAAUCGCCCAUUUGAUUCUAAGAAAGCUUGCUUUGCAGUGGAUGAUAAGGAAUUUUAUGUGAAAGGUAUGAUCCAGAGCAAGGAAAAUGACAAAGUCACAGUCGAGACCCUCGACAACCGGACACUCACUCCGAACAGUGACCAAGUCUUCCCCAUGAACCCUCCCAAAUUUGACAAGAUCGAGGACAUGGCCAUGAUGACCCACCUACACGAGCCAGGAGUGCUGUACAACCUCAAAGAGCGUUACGCAGCCUGGAUGAUCUACACCUACUCAGGCCUCUUCUGUGUCACCGUCAACCCCUACCAGUGGCUGCCAGUGUACAACCCUGAGGUGGUGACGGCCUACAGAGGCAAAAAGCACCAGGAGGCCCCGCCCCACAUCUUCUCCAUCUCUGACAACGCCUAUCAGUUCAUGUUGACUGAUCGAGACAACCAGUCCGUCCUCAUCAGCGGAGAAUCCGGGGCUGGGAAGACAGUGAACACCAAGCGUGUGAUCCAGUACUUUGCAGCAAUUGCGGUCACUGGGGAGAAGAGGAAGGCGCAGCGGCCGGGCAAGAUGCAGGGAACCCUGGAAGACCAGAUCAUCCAGGCCAACCCCCUCCUGUAGGCCUUUGGAAAUGCCAAGACCGUGAGGAAUGACAACUCUUUGAGAUUCGGGACGUUCCUUCGCAUUCACUUUGCAGCCACAGGAAAGCUGGUGUCAGCGGACAGUGAAACCUAUCUCUUAGAAAAAUCCAGGGUGGCAUUUCAGUUAUCCCAUGAGAGAGGCUAUCAUAUUUUUUACCAAAUCAUGUCAAACAAGAAGCCGGAACUUAUGGACCUGCUUCUCAUUUCAACCAACCCCUUUGACUUCCCCUUUGUGAGCCAAGGAGAGGUCACCGUGGCCAGUAUUGAUGACAGUGAGGAACUGUUGGCCACUGAUACAGGUAUAAUGAAGGAAGGAACCCCUCUGGCCCUCCAGGAGUUGCCUGGGAACCUAGUCUGCGAAAUACUUAUACAUCAAGAGAUGGCUCUGAGCUGGAAUUCUACAAAAGAAGAGUAGAGCAACCCAGUACAGCUUUAUACCCCCUCAGCCACAGGAGGAGAAUGGCUGCAGGCUACUGAAAGCCAGCAGCAUUGACAAAUAAACUCCCCCCAGCCUU